AACUAUCGAUAAGAUUGACUGGCAACUGUAUUUGUGCAGCCCUGAAACAAAAUCAGCUGUUGUGUUGUAGGCAAACGUUUUUUGUUGAACAGACAGGACAGCAAAGCUACAAUGGUCAUUACCAACAACACAACACUGCCCGAGGAGUCGGAGCUCGACGUCCAGGAGCUGAAUCUUUCGUCGGCGGCUCUGCGUGCUGGUGCCUUUCAUUUGGGCAAGCAAUGCGAGCAGGUCAACAAUGAGUUUAUGCUAUGCCGGCAGGAGUUGGAUGAUCCGCGGGCCUGUUUGGCGGAGGGCAAGGCGGUGACCAGCUGCGCCCUGGACUUUUUCCGCAAGGUGAAGAAGACCUGCCAUGAGGAGUUCAUGCAGUACGCCACCUGCCUUGACAAAAGCAGCGGAACCAUGGCCUUUUCACACUGCCGCAAUACGCAGGGAGUGUUUGAUAAGUGCAUCAAGGAUAACUUUGACUGGGAUCGUCCUUCCUAUGGCUACUUCUCGCGGGCCAAGGUUAUUAAAUCAGCUCGCGAAGCUCCCAAGAAGGAGGAGAAGGUCUCCUAUCCCGAUGCCACCCCCGGUCUGCCCGAGGAUUACCCCAAGCCACCAGCCAAGUACGGCUCCCGCUUCCACUGGCUGGAAUAGACAGCUGCUAGCGCCUAGUGAAAUUUGAAAGCGUUCAUCUUAACAUAAACUCUUGUUUCCAUUAGUA